AUCAACAUGAAACAACAAUUGCUGCUUAUCACCAUUUUAGCCUGGUGGGGUGGGGCUAUUGUAAAUGGAGAGGAGGAUCAUCGUAUAUUCAAAUCAGCUGAAAAUAAUCAAUAUUUUAUAAUGCCAAUGAAAAAAUUUACCUGGCAAGAGUCUUUGAAAGAAUGUGAGAGCAGAAAUAUGGAUUUAUUGACCAUUGAAAGCGAAGAGAAAGCUUUAGAGAUCAACAAAUUGCUGGAGAGAGUUUUUUCAGGCAAACGCAUACCCGGUUUCUAUUUGGGCGCCAAUGAUCUCGACAAGUUCCGUCACUUUAACUGGAUUUCCUCCAAGGCCCGCGGGCCCUUCACCUACACGAAUUGGGAGCGGAAUGAGCCAAAUAAUUAUAAGAACAAAAAUGAACGUUGUGUUCAAAUUGGUUUCCAUGGCAACGAUCAAUGGAACGAUGCUAAUUGCAAUCGUAAAUAUGGUUUCAUAUGCCAAGAAAGAUUGAAUUCGGGAAAAUUGCCAGAAGGCCUUGUUAGAAAUUAAGAUACUUAGAAAUACUUAAAAUUGUUAAAACAUUUUAAAGAAAUAAAUGGAAGAGCUUUCCAAAUUAAA